UUCGUUGGUAAUUCUGCUAGAGAUGGCAACUAGUCUUAUAAAUGAUCUUUUCGAAACCCCAACGAUCAAGGGCAAAGAUAUCUCUCCUCAGCUUCCACCAUCUCUCCCAGCUGCCGUUUAUGAUUACGCUUAUGGCGAGAGCAUUCAAGAAUGGGGUGACAUCAGUCCGUUUUGUAACGGCAAACUGCAGAGUCCUAUCGCGUUGUACACGAAGUCCUCGAUGCCGGUUGCCAACGUUCCGCCACUGUUUCUGUCGGGGUCUCGGCAAAAUCCUAAGAAAGUAACCGUGCAAAACACUGGGAAGACAGUGAUGUACGAAUUCGAGUUCCUGAGGCCAAUCAUCGCACGUGGAGCUGCCCUGGAUGGUGAGUUCCAGUUCAAUCACAUACACUUCCACUGGGGUUCCACCUCAGAUAAAGGGGCCGAGCAUGAAGUCAACGGUCAGCGAUUUCCGCUGGAAAUGCAUCUGGUGUUCUUCAACAAGAUCUACGGCACAAUCGAAAAGGCCAUGCCCUCGCCAAAUGGGUUGGCCGUUAUCGGAGUGCUCUUCCAGAUAGAUGAACGGUCAAACGUAACCUACCCAUGGUUGACACCGAUGGCCAACGUUCGGCUGGCCGGAACAACCUACAAGCUGCCGAACCCAACAGCGUUCAACGUGGAUGCCCUGAUUGGAAGCACCAGGACGCACUAUUUCUCGUACAAAGGGAGUCUAACGAAUCCACCGUGCUACGAAACCGUCACGUGGAUGGUGAUGCGAAAACGACUUCCAGUGCGGGAAGAUCAAUUGGCCACAUUUCGGGCGCUGUUGCAGUCGUAUGGCCAGCCCCUCGUGAACAAUCACCGACCGCUGCGAGAUCUCAACGGGCGACGCGUUUUGCUGUAUCGUGGAACUGUGUAGUUUGAGGUUUUGUUACAUUUUCAACACCUAAAAUCAUACAAUCUUGAACGCCUAAAAUCUGAGUUUGUCAGUAACAGGGCUACUAAAUAGACAGAUCGACAAAAGGCGUGGCUUCCAGAGAUAACUUUUCCAAUGUUUUAUGCCCUUUAAUUUAGGAUUUAUAAUUAUUGAAGAGUCCAUCUUCUAAACAUGGCUAUACCCAAAUAUGGUAGACUACCAGCCCAAUUAUUUCAGCACCCAGC